AUGAAUAGCCUAAUAACUGAUGAACAAAGGAGCGCAGGUGUAUCCUUGGUGUUCAUGAUUGCUGUACUACCAUGGCUGCUUCCAUGGGGAAAGGGUGGUGGGUGGGCGUGGUUCCUCUCCUUAUGCCACCUUCUCGGCGCACUAGCCCCGUGGUGUGGAUCAUUCCUCUACCACCUCUUUAUGAACCACACUAGAGGUGCCAGUCUCUACCACAGGCUGCUUCAGCUGGACAUGCUUGGGAUUUGGGUCAGCCAGAGUAUAGGUGCAAUCCCGAUGGUGACAGCCACCGUUUAUUGCGCACCUACACCACUGCGGUAUUCUGCACUUGUGGUCUACUGUCUUGGAAGCCUACUGGGCUUAUAUAAGGCAAUGCGCGCAUGGUCCCCGUGGGAGAGGCGACUGUGCUUCGCUGCUCCGUUCUGCAUGAGGUUGCUACUUGCUGGCGCGAGAGCAGCACGCUUCGGCGGCGGAGACCCGCAUGCCAUACUGCACGUCUUCCUACAGGGAGUGCCAGACGCCGUAUUGCGCACACGGGCCUACAAUUGUACAAGUCUCCGUCCGAUUUUAAUAGUAAAAUCGGCGGAGUAUCCGUUGAGCAGCCGCCCAUCACGAAGAUUGCCAGCCUUUUUCGCUAACCUCGCCUGUGGCUUAGCUCCGGCCUCCCACCAGCGGGUCUCACCGGAUGCGAAGCCUCUAGGGCUGAGGGGACGCGACUCAGGCUCAGGCCGUGCACGUCGUCAAGACUCUAAGAUGAAGAAGACCUCCGACUCGACGCCGGGCGUCCCCGCUCCCCGCUCCGCAAGCGGUCGAGCGGGCUCGCGACGCGAUCCGGCCCGGGCCGUUGAGACGCCGAAACCCGCACCGCGCCCCCGCCCUCGGAGCGGGGAGGCCCUUUACGACACCGGUAUCCACCGGACAUUGUCGGAUCCGGGGUUGAGCCGCCCACGCCCUUGCGUGCGAGCGCCCCCCGCGACUCCACAAACCAGCGCCGCCGCCGCUGCCGCCAUCGCCGCCGCCGCUAACGCCGCCGCCUCUACCGCCGCCGCUGCGAGCGCCACCACCGCUACCGUCGCCGCCGAGAUCGCCGCGACGCCAUUUCCAAACUCCCUCCUCGAUUCUGUUGAAUCGCAUUUCUUAGCCCUAUCGCAAGGCUCUCCCGAGACCCUGGACGCGAUGUUCCGGUCCCUGUCGGGAGACGUCCCUCCUGCGCCGCGGGGCUCCCCGAGAGCGUUGCUUUAUUCCGACGCAAUUGCUUAUGCAAUUGUAAGGAAGCAAGUGGCGUUCUCGGAUGGCCUACACGCGGCGGUCAGGGCGUACCUUGACAGGGUCGAGACGGAGCUAAGGGCCGAGGGAUUGCUGAGCACUCCCUUAACGCAGGACGAGUCGGCCGUUGCCCACGGCAACAUAGCACGGUCGACCCCCCUGCGUCGUCCCCGCCCGGAAUCCCCCUCCUCUCCUGACCGAGACUCUAAGAGGCCGUGUCAGGACGCCGCCUUCCCGUCCCUCCCGGAACCCCUUUCACAGCGGGAUCCUCGGUUGCGACGACGACUCGCGCUCCCCGUAUCGGAGCCCGCCGCCUCUGCCGCGACCGCCGCGCGUGCCUCGCGAGACGCGCCUCCCGCGCCUGCCGCGCGCACCACACUAGCCGCGCCUGCCUCGCGCGACCCUUCCGCCGCACCCACUCCGCGCGCCGCGCCCGCCGCGUCUGCCUUGCGCGCAGCGCCCGCCGCGACCACUGCACCCGCCGCGACCAUCGCCGCGACUGCCGCGCCCGGCGCGCAGGCCAUCGCCGCGCCCGCCGCGCAGGCCAUCGCCGCGCCAUCGUUCGCGCAGAUCGCCGCCGCACCCACGGUGGGACGUCCACCCACACCGCCACCACAACAACAACAGCAGCCGCAAACGAAGACCGCGACGCCCAGGUACCCACCGUUGGAUGCAGUGUCUUUAGGGGGCGGGGUGAUUGGCGCUCUGCAUAUACCAGAGAAGUGGUUCCCUGGGUCAGUGGACCGGUGUCUCAACUCCCAUAACAUCAUGCAUGUGCUGGUCGUCCUAGCUGUAUAUUCCAUGCAUCAGAUAACACACUUACUCAUUCUUCAUGACUCAAGAAGUGACGACAAAAGAUUUAGCAUGGAUGUCGCGGGUGGACUGCCGUUCCCCUAUGCGCCAUCUCUGACGGCAGCCUACCCAUCUCCCAUCAGACUUCCUGUCCCCAUAAUUACCCAAAUUCCUAUUCGUACAGAAUUUCGCCUCAUCGUCGAGACCGCGUCUUCUUACAAACGGAACUCAGUCAAUUCGCCGAGAGAAGGAACGGAUUGUGAUGGAUAA